AUGAAUAGUACUGAUUUUUAUAAUAUGGCUAGUUACAAUAAUAACAGUGAUAAGAAUAAGCUAAAUAAUGAUUUAAAUGCAAAAAAUUCUGAAGUAUUAAUCACUUCAACAUGGUUUCCAAGUGCUGCAUCUAGCAUAGAGGAGAAAUACAACAGUCGGGGAGUUUUUCCUGAUGGACCAAUGGCUGCUAAUUACGAGAAAUAUGUGCAUAAUAUUUUUCGACCUGGUAAUAAACUGCCAAAACUUCCCGCUAAUACGGGAAAUUCAAUUAGUGCUCAAAGUAUGGUACGAAUUCAAGACUUGCUUGGAUCUGCAGCUUUAGAUGACUCUUAUGAUGAAGAUUUAACAAAAUUACCACUGGAAAAAAUGUUUAGUGAGCAAGGCUUGAUAGGUACAGAAGACUAUUAUAAAUUUCAUUCCUAUCAUCGUACGAAAAAUCAUAAUGAUUACAGAAGUUAUGCCUCACAUAUGCCAUCACCAUUCGAAAAUAAAGAUAGUUAUCUGUCAAAUCGAAGAAAUGCUGAUGCUCACUGGAAACGCAACAAUAAGCAAGUAAUCAUCGACAGAAAAGGAUCAGAUACAAUUCCGUUAACACCAUACAUGUAUGCUGAACAUCCGUAUGUCCGUCGUCAAGAUUCUCGCAUCGUUGGAUCUAAUUUUGUUCAGAUAACUUCAAGACCAAGAGAUAGUUUCUUAGACAAAAUUGAUAAAACGUUAGCAGAAGUUCGAGCAAUGCCACGAUUUUGA